CUGUACGAGUUCCUCUAUAUAAACACAUACCCCCCUAGCAUUGCUUUCACAGCAAUUUGAUACAUAGCCUGAGCUAAUUAAUACGCUAGCAUGGCUGCUUUUCAAUCUCAUGUUGUACUGUGUGUAGUUGCAGUACUAUUCUCUCUUGCUGCUAUUUUGAACCCUACGUCUGCAAAACUAAGUUCUUAUACCUUCUAUAACAAAAAAUGCCCUCGGGCAUUGAAAGUCAUCAAAUCAGUUGUCAAGGACGCCAUUGCUAAGGAGCCACGCAUGGGCGCAUCACUACUUCGCCUGCAUUUCCAUGACUGCUUUGUCAAUGGUUGCGAUGGAUCAAUUCUGUUAGACGACACGGCCAACUUUACUGGUGAGAAGACGGCCUUACCAAAUUUCAACUCGGUUAGGGGUUUUGAAGUGGUUGAUCAAAUAAAAGCUGCUGUCAAUGAAAAAUGCGGCAGCAAUGUGGUUUCAUGUGCAGAUAUCUUGGCCGUUGCAGCUCGUGACUCUGUCGAAAUCCUGGGAGGUCGUUUAUUUUCCUACAAAGUACCAUUAGGGAGAAGAGAUGCAAGAACUGCAAGCAGGAAUGACGCAAAUACAAAUCUUCCUCCCCCAGUUUUCAACUUCUCUCAGCUUCUCUCCAACUUCCAAUCUCACGGACUAGACUUGAAAGACCUUGUUACCCUUUCAGGAGGCCACAGCAUUGGAAUUGCUCGGUGCAUCACCUUCCGGGGAAGGCUUUACAAUGAGACAAACAUUAACCCCAGAUUUGCAGCCUCCUUAAAGAAAGGGUGCCCUGUAAGUGGAGGAGAUAACAACAGAACGCCACUCGAUGCAACUACAAAGAGAUUUGACACGGUGUACUUCAAGGCUUUGUUGGAAUCGAAGGGUCUCCUCCAUUCUGAUCAGCAGCUCUUCAAGGGUGAUGGUAGUCAAAGUGACAAACUGGUGAGGCACUACAGUGAAAAUCCACAUCGUUUUGCUGAAGACUUUGGUGCUUCCAUGAUCAAGAUGGGUAAUAUGAAACCUCUCACCGGUGCACAAGGAGAGAUCAGGCUGAAUUGCAGGAAAGUCAACUAGCUAUAAGCACUGUUCCGGCUUCUUGGGGGGGAUCAUAAAGGAAAUGGCAAUUGUGAUUCUACUAUAUUGUACCUUUAAUUUGUGUCUUGGAAAAUAAUAAUGGGACUAACUAUAUUAAAUGUUUCUGUUCAGAAAUUGCCAUAUAUAUAUAUAUAUAUAUAUAUAUCUAUAUGAGCCUUGAUUUUU